GUUUGCGCGCCGGUGAUGCUGUGGCUGUGGACGCAGUGGGCUGCGUGCGUGUGAACGCGCUGGAGGUGAAGCAGCCUCUCUGCCAUACUGAAGCAGGUGUCCAACAUGGCGCACGCUGGCAGCGGCUCUCUCGUCACUAUUCUCUUUUUAUUCGUCUUUCCAGCGGUUCUUCACAAAGGAGCUGCACAGUAUCCAGUGGUGAGUCAGAACCUGGUGACAGACAAUGUGUCGGUGGUGGAAGGCGAGAUGGCGAUCAUCAGUUGCCGGGUGAAGAACAAUGAUGACUCGGUUAUUCAGUUGCUUAACCCAAACAGACAGACGAUUUACUUCAGAGACAUGAGACCACUGAAAGACGCCCGUUUUCAGCUGGUCAACUUCUCAGACAACGAGCUGCGGGUGUCGCUGUCUAAUGUGUCGCUGUCAGACGAAGGACGAUAUGUUUGCCAGCUGUACACAGACCCCCCGCAGGAAGCCUACGCUGACAUCACUGUGCUAAUCCCUCCAGGUAACCCCAUCAUCGAGGCCCGAGAUGAGAUUCUGAGUGAGGGCAACGAGACAGAGAUGACCUGCACUGCCAUGAGCAGUAAGCCCGCUGCCUCCAUCAGAUGGAUGAAGGGAGAUAAAGAGCUUCCAGGCAAACCCAAAGUGGAGCUGACCUAUGACAAAAUGUACACAGUGAGCAGCCGGCUGGCUUUCACUGUGACUAAAGAGGACGACGGCGUCCCUGUGAUCUGCAUUGUAGACCACCCUGCAGUCAAAGACUUCCAAGCCCAAAAGUAUCUGGAAGUGCAAUACAAACCAGAGGUGAAAAUUGUCGUAGAAUUUCCUCUGGGACUGACCAGAGAAGGAGAGAACUUGGAACUGACAUGCCGGGCCAAAGGCAAACCCCAGCCACAGCGAGUGAACUGGGUGAAGGUGGACGAUGACGUACCAUCCCACGCCGUCAUCACUGGUGGAGAUCUGUACAUCGAAAAUCUCAACAAAUCCUACAACGGAACGUACCGAUGCAUGGCCUCCAACUCAGUGGGAGAGUCUUACGAUGACUACAUCCUCUACGUCUAUGAUGCUCCCACCACUACCCCUAUACCCACCACAGCCACCACCACAACCACCACCACCAUAAUCACUACCAUGCCCUUCCCUGAAGCCAGUCCAGACACUGCGCCCAGCACUGAACCUGCAGCUCAUGAUUCCAGAGCUGGAGAGGGAGCGCCCAGAACGGUAGACCACGCAGUGAUCGGAGGAGUGGUGGCUGUCGUCGUCUUUGCCAUGCUCUGUCUACUCAUUGUCUUGGGGCGCUACUUUGCAAGACACAAAGGCACCUACUUCACACAUGAAGCGAAAGGAGCAGAUGACGCAGCAGAUGCAGAUACAGCCAUCAUCAAUGCAGAGGGUGGCCACACCAAUUCCGAUGAAAAGAAAGAGUACUACAUCUAAACGAAACAGGAACCCUCACUGCAGUGUCGUCUUAGGGGGCACCGAGCUGUUUGUGGGGCCAGGGCAGAAUGGCAGGAGGGAGAUUUGAGCUGAUUCAGGAUGAAGGAGAGAGGAGGAGAGGAGAAAGUUUUGAAGACAUGCCUGGCUUUUAAGACGUUGUUUAGUCUAGUCUGCAGAUGUAGAUGGAAUGUUUUGUGUCUAAAAAAAUAAAUUAAUAAAAAAAGUAAGAAAAGAAAGAAAAAAUGAAUUAAAAAAAUUAAAAAUCA